AUGGUCACGGGAGUCACAGCGUUGCUGUUGCUGCUGGUCCUGCCGCUGGCCCUAGCCAGGCGGGUUUGGGGUGCCCAGGGCACUCAGACUCGGGGGGCCCUACCCCCGGGGCCAACGCCACUCACACUGCUGGGGAACCUGCUGCAGCUGGAGUCUGGACGCCUGGACGGAGCGCUCAUGGAGCUCUCUGGCCGCUGGGGCCCAGUGUUCACAGUGCGGCUGGGCCGGCGUCCUGCAGUGGUGCUGUGCGGCUACUCAGCGCUGCGGGACGCAUUAGUGCUGCAGGCGGAUGCCUUCUCCGGCCGCGGGGCCAUGGCUGUUUUCCAGCGCUUCACUCGCGGAAACCGCAUCGUGUUUUCCAACGGGCCGCGCUGGUGGACGCUGCGCAAUUUUGCAUUGGGAACACUGAAGGAGUUCGGGCUGGGAACGCGGACCAUUGAGGAGCGCAUCCUGGAGGAGGCAGCUUGUCUGCUUGGCAAAUUUCAAGCCACCAUUGGAGCGCCGUUCGACCCCCGACGGCUACUGGAUAAUGCUGUAUCUAACGUUAUUUGUUCGGUGGUCUUCGGGAACCGCUAUGGCUAUGAGGACCCAGAGUUCCUGAGGCUCCUGGACCUCUUCCAUGACAACUUCCGCAUCAUAAGUUCCAGAUGGGGCGAGAUGUACAUUUUCCUCUCCCUCCUCGACUGGCUCCCAGGCCCGCACCACCGAAUCUUUCGAAACUUCACGAAGCUUCGGGUCUUCAUCUCUGAGCAAAUCAAGCGGCACGAGCAGACGCGGCAGCCUGGGGAGCCCCGCGAUUUCAUCGAUUGCUUCCUGGAUCAGAUGAGUAAGGUGCGAGUCCCUACUACCCUAAACCCCCCCCAUGCCACCCACCAGGAGGUGCCAGGCAGCCACAACACCCAUCUCUGUCCGCAGGAACAGGAAGACCCAGAGAGCCAUUUCCAGGAAGAGACGUUGGUGAUGACAACGCACAACCUCUUCUACGGGGGCACUGAGACCACAAGCACCACUCUGCGCUAUGGGCUCCUCAUUCUGCUUAAGUACCCAGAGGUGGCAGCCAAAGUGCAGGCCGAGGUGGAUGCAGUGGUAGGGCGACGCACCCCAAGGCUGGAGGACUGCGAGCGCCUGCCCUACACCAACGCCAUGCUGCACGAGAUCCAGCGCUUCAUCAGCGUGCUGCCACUGGGGCUUCCCCGUGCCCUCACCCGGGACACCCACCUGCGCAGCUACUUUUUGCCCAAGGGUACCUUUGUGAUUCCUCUGCUCAUGUCUUCACACCGGGACGCCACCCAGUUCAAAGACCCAGAAUGCUUCAACCCCACCAACUUCCUGGACGACAAGGGCAAGUUCCAGAGCAACGAUGCCUUCACGCCCUUUGCCCCAGGUCUGGGCCAGGAAGGGAGGGGACAAGGCUGGGCAGGCCUGGGAGGGGCGUGGUUCCCACCCUGCAUCCCCGUGUCCUCAGGAAAGCGGAUGUGUCUGGGUGCAGGCCUGGCGCGAUCAGAGAUCUUCCUCUUCUUCACCGCCAUCCUCCAGCGGUUCUGCCUGCUCCCUGUGGGCAGCCGCACCGACAUCAACCUCACCCCGCAGUGCACAGGCCUGAGCAACAUCCCCCCCAGCCUUCCAGCUCUGGCUGCGGCGGCCUAG